GGAUGACGUCGAUGGUGGAAAUCAAGAUGGAGGCGUUGGUACAGGAAGGCUGUCUUCGCCUAAGCGAUGCGGCGGGAGGCGUCUUUUAAUCUCUGUUUUUAAGUUUUAGUCAUUUAAAAAAGAUCAACUUUAUGACCAGGAGCUGUAACGCGAGCACAGGAGCCGGGAAGAAGGGAUUAGUGUGAGAGAAUGGACGGCGGAGGAUUUAUAAUGGAGAAUAUGGACACGAGUCUGUCUGAGCUCGGAGAUGAGUUCACUCUGGGAGACAUCGACGAGAUGCUGCAGUUUGUCAGUAAUAACUCCGAGUUUUCUGAUCUGUUUGACGACCCCAUGCAAAAUGGACCAGCGCAUCCGGUACAGUCAACCAACCCCAUCACCAUGACACCCGCCACUUCUGCUCCCGCUGCAGUGGCCAUGCCCAGCACACAUGCCCCUGUACAAAGCAUAGCAAUCAGUCAGCAGAGCCGAACAACACCGUUACUGCAGCCCCGACCACAACCACCAACGCACAUACAGGUCGCAGCCUCUUCAGUUCCUUUGCAGACUCAGACCCUAGCGAGUUUUCCCAUGCAGACACAGACACUGCAGACACAGACGCAGACUGUGAUGAUCACUCCCACUGCAACACAGCAAAGAUUCAUACAAAAUCCUGUCAUCUGCCACCAAAACCCCAACGCUGCCUUUCAGGUCCUCCAGCCACAGGUGCCAAGCAUUGUGACAUCACCACAGGUUCAGCCAAUGACGAUCCAGCACCAGCGUGUAUUGACCCCUACAGCUCAGACCAUUCAGACGAUCUCUGCAGCACCCACUGCUGUUCACACUGUAACACCUCAGGUGCAGCAGGUGUUGGUGCACCAACCACAGAUCUUGAAGACAGACUCAUUGGUUUUGACGACAAUGCAAAAUCCAACCGGAAUUACGUUUACUACGCCGCUGCAAACUACUGUACAAUUUCCAACUCUGGUGGGCAGUAACAUCCUCACCACUGUCCCAGUCAUGAUGGGUGGCGGUGACAAGCUGCCAAUCAAACAGCUCCCUUCAGGCCCCACCCAAUGCCCGAGUGUGACCAGGGCGGUGCCAGAGCAGAGCACUGCGGUUGCCAUGGGAAUGGGUGGUGUGGUGAAGGAGGGAGAAAGGAGGACGACACACAACAUCAUUGAGAAGAGAUAUCGCUCCUCUAUUAACGACAAAAUCCUGGAGCUGCGUGACCUGGUCAUGGGCAACGACACCAAGAUGCAUAAGUCUGGUGUGUUGCGGAAGGCGAUUGACUACAUCAAGUACUUGCAGCAGGUGAAUCAGAAACUGAGGCAGGAGAACCUGGCGCUGAAGAUGGCCAGCCAAAAACACAAGUCGGUGUGUGUGGUGGACGAGGUGUCUGUUAUGACUCCUCCCCCAUCUGACUCCGGUUCUGCCUCUCCUCAGUUCAGCAUCGACUCAGAACCCAACAGCCCACUGCUUGAACCGUUGAAGAGUGAGCCGGCCUCGCCCCCCUCCUCGGUGGGUGUAAUGGAUCGUUCCAGAGUCCUGCUGUGUGCUCUCACCUUCUUGUGUGUGUCCCUGAACCCUCUGCCCUCACUCAUCGGCUCGGACCAGUACAGCGCCUCCUCGUGGCCUGGAGGAGAAUCUUUCAUACCCUCACGCUCACUCGUGUGGCUGCCUGCACAAACACAGAGCUUCGGCGCGUGGCUGUGGUGUGUGCUGCCAUGGGUGAUGGUGUGGGUGUUGAGUGCAGUGGGUGUGGUUUGGGGAUGUGUGAGAAUUCUGUAUAUAUGGGAACCGGUCACGCCCCUUCACUCGCCCACAUCUGUGAUGUUCUGGAGACACAGGAAACAGGCCGACCUGCAACUGCAGAGGGGUGAUUACAGCGCCGCAGUCAGCAGUUUGCAAACAUGUCUCUCUGUGUUAUCCCGAGCUCUGCCCUCCACAACCUUUGACCUCGCCUGUUCACUGUCCUGGAAUCUAAUUCGCUACUGCCUACAUAGACCCACCCCACUGGGCUGGCUGGUGCGUUUGAUUGGUGGGAAGCACGGGGGGGAGGAGUCUCAGAUCAGUUCCAGAGAUGCAGCGCUGGUUUAUCAUCAGCUGGGCCAGCUGCAGCUCACAGGUAAGCUGUCGGAGCGCAGCACCAUGUGGGGAGUGUGUGUGUGCCUGAACGCAGUGAAUCUGAGUGAGAGUGCGGGAGGGAAAAUGGCUCCUACUGAGCACGCUCAGAUCUACAUCACCACUGCCAUCUCACUGCGCAAAACUACCCUGGGGAAACAACUAAGCUUCCUGCCUGCAUAUAUACUGAGUUGUGCAGAGAGUUUGUUUUCAGACUCGAAGCCUCCUGACUCUCUGCGCUGGCUCUUCACCCCAUUGGCCAGACAGUUUUUCCUGAGCUGUGAUUGGUCAGUGAAAGCUGAGAACUGUGACGGAGUGUUUUCAUCUGAAAGGGUACAAGUGGACCCUGUUGCACAGCUGCAUCGGCGUUUCUGUGAGAAGCUUCUGGAGAGAGCGAUACACACUCUGAUCCAGCCUCACAGUGACACUGAGAGUGUGAAACACAAGGAUGAGAGCGGAGAGUUCAGUGGUGUGAUGGAAUUUCUGCAGCUGUUGAACAGCUGUACUGAUGACUCCGCCUCCCCAACUCCACCCUUCCCAGCACUGGCCAAUCAGAACUCUGCUUCCGUGUCAGACCCUGUGUGUCGCUGGUGGGCGUUGGUCCUGAAGGCUGCUGUUCAUUGGCUGCAGCGUGAUGACGCGGCUGUGAGGUCACUGCUGGCAGAGGCGGAGCGAAUGCCGAGAGCGCUGCAUUCCCUGGAUCACCCCUUGCCGAAAGCUGUGUUGGCGCUGUGUAAAGCGGUGCAGAUGAGUGUGUGUCCUCAGAAGGGAGAAGGAACACUGGGCUGCCUCACACACUGCAACAGAGCCAGUGCUUACCUACACAACAGCAUCACACACACACCCACACACACCUGGCUGCACAAGGGGGCGGAGCUUCUGGUGUGUGAUCUCCUGCUGACCUUGAGGACCAGCCUCUGGCAGCGUGGAGGUGGAACUAAUGGAGAGCCAAGCCCCGCCCCUUCCCCUCAGUUGGCUGGAUUCCAGAGGGACCUAAGCUCUCUUCGUAAACUGGGACAGGGUUACACACAGGCUCAGCACAAGGUGUUUCUGCAUGAGACUACAGUGAGGUUAAUGGCAGGUGCAAGUCCCACACGCACACACCAGCUACUGGAGCACAGCCUGCGCAGAAGAACACACAGCUAUAAAGAUGGUGUGUGUGUUCCAGGUGAACGUGAGCGUGCUCAUGCCAUCAUGCUGGUGUGUCGUCACCUGCCCCUGUCCCUGCACCGUACACACCUGCUGGCCCACGCCAAACACACACUGCAGAGAGUCGGAGACAUACACACACUUCACGCUAUCGCUGCUUCAUAAACACACACACACACACACACACACACACACAGAUGUAUAUAAGCUGUACAUAUUAUUAUUGUAGAGACCAGAGUCUUAAAUAAGGCAUAGUUAGAUGCAUUCUAUAUGGAAGACAGACAGACAGACAGACAGACAGAGGGUGAGGGUGUACAGGUAAAAUAGUGUUUAUGAUGCUUUCAUAUUUUAAUUACUUUUAUUCCUUUCACUGUUCUCUCUGAAUGUGUGUGUUUUUGCUAAUUGUAAUGUUACUUUUGUUUAUUAAACUUGUUGUGUGUAUCUGGGUAACCUAA